AUGGCCUCAAGCAAGCGCAAGAGCUACAGCGACCCGUCGAUCCCGCCCGAGGUCCGCGAGCGCCGGCAAGUCUACGACCGCGAGGCCAAGCGCUGCGCGCGGCAAACGUACUUGACGGAAAUCGACGCGCUCAACACGACGAUUGUCGGGCUCACGCAGAAGCUCCACGCGCUCCGAGGUAGCAGCGCGCUGCCGUGGAAGGAGGUGGCCGAGGCCAUGGCGGCCAACAGCGCGUCGAGCGCCACGACCAACUCGCGGCUACGCGGUCAGAUGGAAGAGCAAAAGCAAAUCGCGCGCACACUCUACGAGUGGGCGAAAGCGCAUCUUCCGACCGACACGGACGAAAUGACCGAGCUCGAGGCCAUGUGGCUCGAGGUCGCGACCCUCACGGACACCGGCCACGUCUGCCGCGAAAUCGGGUUUUCCGAGCUCCAGCAUUUCUUCGACGGCUACGACAGCCAGGGCACGGAGCAAGUGGCGAGUUCACACUCGGGCGACGACGAGAGCUGA